AUGUCACCUCCGAGCGGCGCGGCCUCUUACAAAAAGAAAGAUGGGACCUUAGCUAUCUCCGCAGACGAGCGGUCGGUCUCAUGGAGUCCGACCACUGCAGAUGCAGCGAAAACUGUCACGAUAACCGUGGCCAACAUCACUAAUCUACAACAGACCCCGAUCGGGAAUCCCAAAGUCAUGCUCAAAAUCUUUGCCCAGGCCCCCGAUGCUGCCCCAAAUAGUGCUCCUGAAUCAUACACCUUCCAGUUUACGGCCGGCGCAGAUGCCAGAACACAGGCCGAUACCAUCAAAGACACGCUCAGUGCGCGGGUCAAUAUGGCGAAGUCGGCCACCCCCUCGCAGACGCCGGCGCCUGGCGGGGGAAACGAAGGCGUAUCGGCGGCGAUGGCGCUCGCAAACGCCGUUACAUCGGGCGGGACGGCGAAAGAUCCCUUGGUCGAGGAGAAGAAGCUUCGGGAGAACGUGGAGCUGCAGCAGUCACUGCUGAGAUCUGACUCCCAUCUACAGAAGAUGUUCUUCGAGGGCCUGCACACUAAACCGGAAGCAUUGACUUCUCAGGCUUUUGUGUCCCAGUUCUGGUCAACACGGCUACAUCUGCUGCGAGCUCACGCAAUCGAGCAGGGCCAACUACGUGGUUCUUACAAUGUGCUCUCCUCGCUUAAGCCCCGGGUGGAGGAUAACGUGACGCGAUUGAAUAUUAGCAAGGAGCAGAUUCAGCUUAUCUUUACACAACACCCGCUGGUCAAGCGUGUCUAUGAUGAGAAUGUGCCGAAGCUAAGCGAGCAGCAGUUCUGGUCGCGGUUCUUUCAGAGUCGACUGUUUAAGAAAUUGCGCGGAGAGCGGAUAUCCGAGGCUGAUGCGACUGAUGCCGUGCUGGAUAAAUACCUUCGGAACGAUGAAGGUACUGCACCGAACAAGGAGACCAAUAUUCAUCACUUUUUGGACUUGGCUGGUAAUGAAGUGAAUCACAGCCAGCGUCGUGGAAACCGACCGGAUCUGGAUAUGAGGCCCUCCGGUGUGGACAAGGUUCCUAUUAUUCGGACGUUAAACAACCUCAGUGAAAAGAUCAUGGCCAAUGUGGCGCCGUCCGAUGGCGAUAUGAGUGCCCCCAUAGGCCUCAACGAAGAAGCAUGGAAAAAGCUGCAACUGCAGGAUCUUCGCGGAGACGAGGAGCAGAGCCGGAUUACCCUGAACAUUCGUGAUCAAAGUCGUUUCUUCACCCAUGGCCAAGAGAGUGAUCAGGCCAAACAGUUUGCCCAGCAAGACCCGGACCAACUUCUACAGACGCUCCGCGCAGAGAUCGCGCAGAGCCUCCCAUCGCACGGCAAUACACAACUGGGCAAGCUGGUCGAUCCUGGCGAUGACGAAGACGAGGAGAUGGAGGACGCACCUGCCAGUCGCCGACCCGUCGGAUCCUCCGCGGCCCUCCACGAUGCCUUUGCCCAGAUCCUGGAAGCCCUGCGCGACCGCCGUGCCCAGAUGAGCGAGGGAGUUGCAUCCGAGACUCAUGGGCUUUCAACGGCGCUGUUCGAUCGGUUGACCUUGACGCACGCCACGACCACCGAGUUCCUGCACCAGUUCUGGCAGGCAUUUCUGUCGGGUAACCCCGAUCGAGCCGGAGAGGUCGCAUCUCUCGCAGAGUCUCUCCAGCGAGCAGUGGAGCGCAUCAAGGCUGUUGCGAAUGAUGCAGAAGCUGAUCGUAAGGCCGAAGUUGACCGAUUAAAGAAACACGCUCGGGAAGUGUACGAGAGUACCGGGCGAAAGCUCCGAGUCAACCUGGAAGGCGUGGAAGGAGGCCACAAGGUUGUGAAUCAGCUUUUGGGGCCGACGCUCCAUGCCUUGGAAGUCGCAUCAAGUCGGUACCAGAAGGAAUUGGCCGAACAAAAUAGAGAAGCGGCCGCAUCGGCUGUUUGA